AUGGAGCUUUCAGAUCCAUAUUCAUUUACUCGCUCCGAAGGAGCUACUGAUAUUCCACAGUGCUCAUUAAGUUCGGACCAUUUCGUCGGCCGAAUAAAUGUAUCUUUCGAAGAAAUCCCUUUGGAGCAGUUGGAGGAGAUGUACAAUUACUUGGAGCCAGGUGGUCACAAUAUUCCGGACGAUUGUCGGGCUGCGAACCGUAUAGCAGUAAUCGUUCCGUAUCGGGACAGGCAAUCUCACCUUCGUAUACUUUUGAAUAAUAUGCACCGAUUCCUCACAAAACAAAAGUUGGACUAUUCCAUUAUAGUGGUGGAGCAAAUCGAAAAUCAAACGUUUAAUCGAGCUAAGAAACUAGACAAACCUCAUUGUCGGCUAAUGAUCUGUCGUUUAGUUCUUAAUGUUGGAUUUAUGGAGGCCAACAAAAUCUACAAAUGGCAAUGUUAUCUGUUCCAUGAUGUGGACCUUCUUCCGGAAGAUGACCGUAAUUUGCACACUUGUCCUACCAAUAAUCCACGGCAUAUGGCAGUAGCAGUGAAUAAAUUUGACUACAAG